AUGGCUGUCAGUUCCACCUUACUUCUCUUCAUUGUUCCUUUUUAUCGCUUCUCUUACGGCGUUGAUGGAGUUCCAUCUUCUUUUACAUUACACCAUUUACGAUUCAUCACCUGUACUAUCUAUCUAUCUAUCUAUCUAUCUAUCUAUCUAUCUUUUGUGUUCAUUAUCUAUCUUUUAUAUGUAUCUCAUUCAUUUCACUAUCUCUCUCUCUUUCUCUCUCUCUAUCUUUUCUGUUCAUUAUCUAUCUUUUAUAUGCAUUUCAUUCAGCUCAUUAUCUAUCUAUCUAUCUAUCUAUCUAUCUAUCUAUCUAUCUAUCUUUAUAUGUAUCUCAUUCAGUUCACUGUCUGUCUGUCUGUCUUUCUCUAUCUAUCUUUUCUUUCAUUAUCUAUCUAUCUAUCUAUCUAUCUAUCUAUCUAUCUAUCUAUCUAUGAUCGUCUGUUCAUUAUCUAUCUAUCUAUCUAUCUAUCUAUCUAUCUAUCUAUCUAUCUAUCUAUGCCUUUUGAAAUAUGGGUGACCGCUUUCUUUCUUUCUUUCUUUCUUUCCAAGUCUUUUCAUAUCUAUCUAUCUAUCUAUCUAAAUUAUCUAUUUAUAUCUAUCUAUCUGUGUCUGUUCAUAUCUAUCUAUCUAUCUAUCUAUCUAUCCGAGUCUGUUCAUAUCUAUCUAUCUAUCUAUCUUAAUCAUUUUAUUUGCUCUUUUGUCUAUCUUUCUAUCUAUCUGUCUGUCUGUCUGUCUUUCUGUCUCCCUGUCGGUCUCUCUGUCUGUCCGUCUCUCUGUCCCUCUCUUUUUCCUGUCUGUCUGUCUCUCAGUCUCUCUGUAAAUCUCUCUGUGUCUCUGUCUGUCUCUCUGGCUGUCUGUCUGUCUGUCUCUCUGUCGCUCUAUUUUCCUAUCUGUCUCUCUGUCUGUCUGUCUCUCAGUCUCUCUGUAAAUCUCUCUGUGUCUCUGUCUGUCUCUCUGGCUGUCUGUCUGUCCGUCUCUCUGUCGCUCUAUUUUCCUAUCCGUCUCUCUGUCUGUCUGUCUCUCAAUCUCUCUGUAAAUCUCUCUGUGUCUCUCUCUGUCUGUCUCUCUGUCCGUCUCUCUGUCGCUCUAUUUUCCUAUCUGUCUCUCUGUCUGUCUGUCUCUCAGUCUCUCUGUAAAUCUCUUUGUGUCCCUGUCUGUCUGUCUCUCUGGCUGUCCGUCUUUCUGUCUGUCUGUCUGUCCCUCUGUCUGUCUGUAUCUCUGUCUCUGUCUGCCUGUUUCUCUGUCGGUCUGUCUCUAUGUCUGUCUGCCUGUCUUUCUGUUUGCCUGUUUGCCUGUCUGUCUACUUUAAACACUUCUUUCUUUCUUUCUUUCUUUCUUUCUUUCUUUUGUUUCUUCUUUAAUUCUCGCCUUCCCUCCUUUCGUUUUCUUUGUAACAAUCACCUUUUUUUCUUUCUUUCUUUCUUUCUUUUUUCUUUUCUUUCUUUCUUUCUUUCUAAGAAUUAUUAUAACUUUUCCUUUCUUUUUUUUUUUUUAAUUAUGAAAACUAAAUCGAUUCAUAUCUAUCGAUCUAUCUAUUUCAGUAGGUUCGUUUCUCUCUCUCUCUCUCUCUCUCUCUAUCUAUCUAUCUAUCUAUCUAUCUAUCUAUCUAUCUAUCUAAAUCUUUUCAUAUAUAUCCAUCAGAGUCGUCGUUCGUAUCUAUCUAUCUAUCUAUCUAUCUAUCUAUCUAUCUAUCUAUCUAUCUAUCUAUCUCAGUCUGUUCAUAUCUAUCUAUCUAUCUAUCUAUCUAUCUGCUAUCUAUCUAUCUAUCUCAAAAAGUCUGUUCAUAUCUAUCUAUCUAUCUAUCAUCUAUCUAUCUAUCUCAGUCUGUUCAUAUCUAUCUAUCUAUCUAUCUAUCUAUCUAUCUAUUUCAAUCUGUUCAUAUCUAUCUAUCUAUCUAUCUAUCUAUCUAUCUAUCUAUCUAUCUAUUUCAAUCUGUUCAUUCUAUCUAUCUAUCUAUCUAUCUAUCUAUCUAUCUAUCUAUCUAUCUAUCUAUCUAUCUAUUGUUUUCUGAGCCGUAAGGAAACUGCGCCAUUGUCACCGGGGUUUUCGUUCGCCAUAGCGCCUUGGAUAUUCAGUGAAUCUCUGACGGUAAUUCGUUGUCUUUUUCGCGUGAUUUUUCCGUUCCUUAACGCGUCGAAAAUCGUGCCGAGCAUUGACUUCCUUUCUCUCUGUCCGAAGGCAGUGAGUUCGACAAGCCUGUCACAAGCCUGGCAGCAAACAGCCUGUCACGAGCCUAGCAGCAAACUGCCUGUCGCGAGCCUGGCAGCAAUCUGCCUGACUCGAAACCACUUCUUUUCGAUAAUUUUUUUUCUUUCCCAUUUCUUUCUUUCUUUCUUUCUUUCUUUCUUUCUUUCUUUCUUCUGCCGUUCAGUCUUUCUUUUACUUUUCCAUUCAUUGAUUCAUCCAUUCAUUUAUUCACUCAUUCAUUUCUUUCUUUCUUUCUUUCUUUCUUUCUUUCUUUCUUUCUUUUCUACCGUUCCGUCUUUCUUUCUUUUCUCUGCCUUUCUCUCUUUCUUUUACUUUUCCAGUUCAUUCAUUUCUUCAUUCAUUCAUUCAUUCAUUUCUUUCUUUCUUUCUUUCUUUCUUUCUUUCUUUCUUUCUUUCUUUCACUUGAAUCCGCAUAUUCUAUGUCUUUUUACCUACUUUUCUUUCCUUCGCCCAGAUUCACUUAGAACGUUUUUGUCUCUAUCGGCGUUGUCGUCGUCGUAUUCUUCUUCUUCUUCUUCUUCUUCUUCUUCUUCUUCUUCUUCUUCUUCUUCUUUCCCACCCUGA